GUCUAUUGUUUAUACACCAGUCCGGCCAUUCAACUAACAAGUGAUGGAAUGGUCAUGGCUGGACACUGUGCACUGCUGUCGCCACUGCAGAGAGCCUCAGGGCACGCACGCCCCUAUCCUCCUCUCCUCCUUUGUAGCACGACACUUUAAGUAUGCUGAUGACAAGGAGUAGCUGAGUGUGGCACUGAACAAUUCCAAGUGGGACGUGGAACAGGAUGCAGCCGUCACGUCCUGGGCCACGCAGCAGCCAGCCGACUGGCAGUUGGGCGGCCAACAGGUGAUGCUCCAGGUGCAAGGUGAUGCUCCAGCUCUUUGAGAUACAAUCACAUCUACUUGUGUGAUUCUUUUAUUGAAAUUACUCUUUAGCUUUUUAUUUGUGUUACUAUGCUUACUAUGAAGCCUCAAACUUGAUCUCUUUGAAACAGGAUUUGUGGUGACCCAAGUGGCCACAUCUUGUGGGUCUGACGGCCACAGCCUGGCAGUGACAAACCAGACAGCGGGGAAGUGUUCUCCUGGGGCGAUGGAGACUAUGGCAAACUGGGGCAUGGCAACUCAGACCUUAAAUUGCUUUUUGUCAUCUUAUCACGUUAAAUUAGGUUUUUUUCUGCAUUUCAGCACCCCGAUCAGCUCUCUUUCAGUCUGUGUCUAUGAGUGAAUUGAUCUUCUGUUCUGGAUUAAUUUCACUUAGCGGUCAUUUUCAUCUUGUACUUUCUCUCACCGCAAACUUCAAAAACACACGUAAUUAUUUUAUUUUAUUUAUUUAUUUAUUUUUUUUCAGGAUUAAUUGUAAACUGUAAGCCUCCCUUUUGCAUUUCGCGUCUUUUUUAGUAUAAUCUUAAUUUCUGUUUGUUUUUUCUUUUUUUUUUCUUUUUUUUUUUUUUUUCUCCGUAGCGAUGUCAUGUUAAUUUUUAGGUCGUUUUUUUGUAUUUAUUUAUGUCUCUCCCUCACUUUCUUCAUUUCUGCUGUCUCCAAUGACACGUACUGGGGCUUUCUUGAUUACCAUUCUCUUCUUCCUUGGGCGUCUGUCUGUUCUGAACACGAAGACUGAAGAGAGAAAAGCCCAGCAAGAAGUGGUGGAAGUGGCCAGAACAGACAGACGCCCAAGGAAGAAGAGAAUGGUAAUCAAGAAAGCCCCAGUACGUGUCAUUGGAGACAGCAUGGUAAGGAAGACUCCCGACUUUGUGAGAAGGGAAAUUGAGUGCACCAGCAUGGGAGGUGCUAAGAUCCAAGACGUCAAGAGGAAAGUCAAGGAGGAAGUGCAAGAAAUGGAAGAGAGAAGCCUGCUAGUUGUCCAAGGAAGCCUUGAGAGGUGACAUGGGAUGGAGCACCUUCAGAGAAAGACUGACAAAAGCCACACUUAGGUACAAGAUUAGGCUUGAGAGAAUGGAUGAUGCAAGAAUAGCAAGGAAGGUGUACCUGUGGAAUGAAAGUGGAAGCAAAUGGAGGAAGAGAUGCAUGAGAAUGACAGACAGGAAUAGAUUGCAAGUUGUGUGGGCGAUAAGAAUGGCUGGUAGGAAUCAAAAUGAGCGUGAAUGGGUGGUAACAAGAGGAGGCAGAGUGGGAGCCGAAUGGGAUGUGAGAAAAUGGAAGAAUGAGAUAGACAAAGAAGUGAAAUGUGUGGGAUUGAAUGAAUGGAAGAAUGAGAUAGGAAUGAAAGAGUGGAGAAGACAGGAAAAGAGUGGAUGGUGUUGUUGCUGGGACUGUGUAGAGAGGCGAAUGAAAGGAUGAUUGAGGCGGUGAAAGAGUUUCUGGAGAGAAUGUGGCGUGCCAGGUGUAUGAACAAUUAGGAUAGAGGAUGCUGUUCGUUUCUCUUUUUUUUUUCCCCUUCUACAGGAGUUGCCGAUCCAAAGGCCUGGCUCAGGAGUGAUCCUGUGCCACCUGUACCAUCAAGGUCAAGAUCAGUUCCCCCGUGUUUACUUCUACCACACUGCCUAGAAGUCUUGUUUUUUUUCGCAAAUUUCCCAAGUAAUUCCCCACCCCGGAGGCCGCCCCCAGUACACCUGUUCCCUGCAUCCAUGCUGUGGACCUCUGGGUAUGGACGCUGUGGGCAGCUUGGUCACGGCACGACAGAUAACUGCCCCAUUCCUUGCACUGUGCUUGACCUGUGUGGCUCAAAGGUCGGCCAGGUCACCUGCGGGAGAGGUCAUACCCUGGUCUACAUCCCCUCGCAGAGCCACGUGUAUGCAUUUGGCCAGGGGCUCUCAGGGCAGCUGGGCACCAAGACUCCACACAGCAGGGAAUUACCUCAAGUGGUAGUGUGCCCAUGGCUGUCCCCAGGGGGUGCCAGCCUGCUAGACUACGCAGAGGAGGACAGCCCCAGUGUGUGUUUGAGGCAGACUGGCGUGCCCUUGUGUCUUCCCUGCGGCUGUUGUCCCUGGUCCACGGUCUGAACUUCCAAGCCGGCUGCUGAGUUGGGUGGUUGAACUACGACGACUUUUACAUCCCAGAAAUUGCAGAGAAAAUUGAUAUUAGGAAUGAUUACUUGAACUGGAUGAACAGCAGGCUUCACCCGAUGUCCAGGAGGGAGAGUCCAAUCCUGUUCUGUGAGUAUCCAUUCUUGUUCGACCCUCAGGCCAAGACGCUGCUGCUCAGGUGUGACGCCACUCGGCAGGGCGAAUAUUUCCCAGACCACCCAGUCAUACGCACGAUCUGGGAAGUAUUUCACGAACUCCCUGGAGCAGAAGAAGUUGUUUUUGAAGUUCCUGACGGGCACUGACAGGGUUCCUAUUCUGGGCAUGAAGUGUUGCCAUGGUGACGGUGGUGGUGGGCAUGACACAGAUGCGGGAGGUGGAGUUUGUGCCCAAUGGAGACAUGCACCUGGACAAAUUGUGUUGGUCAUUGGUCAGACUGGAGUUUACAUGUGUACCUCCUUCACCAUCAUUGGUGGACACUUCACCAUGAGUGAUGCUUGAGCUGUCACGGUGCUGCUGCUGCUGUCUGCCAUCAUCCCCCUGACACUGACCACCCUGCAGACACCUUCAUCCUGGGUGCCACACGUCACUGCUGCUACAACUCAGAGCAACUGGAGCGCAAGCCAGGAAGGGAGAUAGUUACUUUUCACUUAAUUUGUUGUUUAUUUGAGGGCCUAAUGACAGACACAUAAUGGAAUGAGUAUUUGUGAAUGUUUGUUUAUAUCUAGAUACAGCAUUCACAUAUCUUUUAAGUGCCACCUUCCAAAAACAAUGUCAGCCAGAAAAAUAACUGAUGAAUCUAAUUACAUUUCAAGUCAAAAAGUUUUCCUUUAACCACUUUGCUCCAGAUGCUUAAAAACAUGCGUUGCUCACAUACAUGGCGUCGCGUAGGCUCGUCACUGGUAACUUAUCUAAUUUCUAAUAAUUUCUAAUAUAAUUUCUGUGUGUGUGUGUGUGUGUGUGUGUGUGUGUGUGUGUGUGUGUUUUAUAUAUGAGUGACACUGGCCAAGGGCAACAAAAAUCCAAUAAAAAAAUAUGCCCACUGAAAUGGCAGUCCCAUAAAAGGGUCAAAGCAGUGGUCAAAAGUUGAUGAAUAAGUGUCUUGAAACCUCCCUCUUGAAGGAAUUCAAGUCAUAGGAAGGUGGAAAUACAGAAGCAGGCAGGGAGUUCCAGAGUUUACCAGAGAAAGGGAUGAAUGAUUGAGAAUACUUGUUAACUCUUGCAUUAGAGAAGUGGACAGAAUAGGGGUGAGAGAAAGAAGAAAAUCUUGUGCAGCGAGGCCGUGGAAGGAGGGGAGGCAUGCAGUUAGCAAGAUCAGAAGAGCAGUUAGCAUGAAAAUAGCGGUAGAAGACAGCUAGAGAUGCAACAUUGCGGCGGUGAGAGAGAGGCUGAAGACACUCACUUAUGUUUGUGUGUGUGUGUGUGUGUGUGUGUGUGUGUGUGUGUGUGUGUGUGUGUGUGUGUGUGUGUGUGUGUGUGUGUGUGUGUGUGUGCGCUGAUGCAGCUGAAGAAGGUUGCCUUAUGAUAAUUAUUGACAAAUGAAGGUAAUGGAUGCGCAUGUCAUUACUACUUUUUUAAGUGUGUGUGUAUGUGUGUGUGUUAUGUACACACACACACACACACACAAAGAGAAGUAAUAGACACGCAUCCUUUACCUUCAUUCAUCAAUAAUUGUCAUAAGACGACCUUCCCAGCUGCAUCAUUACACACACACACACACACACACACACACACACACACACACACACACACACACACACACACACACACACACACACACACUUACACACCACGUAGUGUAGUGGUUAGCACGCUCAGCUCACAACCAAGAAGGCCCAGGUUCGAAUCCCGGGCACGGUGAGGCAGAUGGACAAGCCUCUUAAUGUGUAGCCCUCUUAAUGUGUAGCCUCUUAAUGUGUAGGUACAGGAUGUAACCCGAGGUGAUGUGACUUUGCUGCCCCGGUGUGUGGUGUGUCAUUGGCCUCAGUCCUACCCAAAGAUCAGUCACCAUGAGCUCUGAGCUCUUACACACACACACACACACACACACACACACACACACACACACACACAGAGAGAGAGAGAGAGAGAGAGAGAGAGAGCAAAAUGGCAAUGAAUGAAACAGGGAGGAGGGGGAACUGUGUGUGAAUGAAAACAUCAUCUACGUGAAACAUUUGAUUGAUUAUAAAGCACAUGUGCAUCAUAUAUAGUCAUGAAUGUGGAGGAACAGCAGAGUGAGUGAUCAACCACAGAAAGGAGAGAGUCGGACGUGCGGAGAGAAUGGAAGGGGAACAAUUUGAGAAGAUAAGCAUGCAAAUACAUAAAUAUAAGGUGGAAUAACAGUGUUUGGUGGGAAGAUGAAAGAGAGAUGCCUGUUUAUGAAGCAAAAUGAUUGUGCAAGAGAGGAAUGAUUGGAAAACCAUUCCCACCAUAGCCAACAGACCUUACACCAUAUUUUUACAAACCACAGCAUCUCUAUUCAUCCAUUCUGUGUGUCUUCUCUUCUCUCUCUCUCUCUCUCCACUCUUAAUGCUGCUGUGGGUCUCUGGGCUGGAGUACAUCAGAGAAAGAUUGACA